GCAAAGAGCGAGGCAGCCCAAACGGACACCGGAGAAGAAGGAGAGAAACUUCAAUUCAAAAUCCCUUUCCUUCCUGGUGCACCUCUGUCUCCAUCUCCUCCAGCUAGCCGCCUAGCCUCGUCCGGAGUCCCCAAUACUCUGCCACCAACAACAAGAGAAGCUCUCGAUCGGUGGCACCAAUGGCUGCAACCUUCUUCGGCCGCGGCGGCGUCUCCAUCCCGUCCCUCCUCCUCCUCCACGCCCACCCGCCGCCACUGCUCCUCGCGUGCAGUGUACUGCGGCACGGCGGCGCCGCGAGAAGUUCUGUCCGGGUCAUGGCGUCGGCGGCGGGGAGGCCGGGCGCCGCCAGGAGGAUGCUCGGCUCCGUCAGGUCCGGCGCCGCCGGGGGGUUGCGCGCGGGGGAGGCGGAGGUGGCGGCCGUGCCGCCUUCGGUGCCGGUGCGCGUCGCCCACGAGCUACAGCUCGCCGGCCACCGCUACCUUGAUGUCAGAACCGAGGGUGAGUUCGGCGGUGGCCAUCCAGCAGGGGCCGUGAACAUCCCCUACUUGUACAAGACCGGCUCAGGGAUGACGAAGAACUCACAAUUUCUCGAGCAAGUGUCGGCGAUCUUCAGGAGGGACGAUGAGAUCAUCAUUGGAUGCCAGAGCGGCAGGAGGUCUCUCAUGGCAGCAGCCGAACUCUGCUCCGCGGGGUUCACUGCCGUGACCGACAUCGCCGGAGGGUUUUCUGCUUGGAGGGAGAAUGGACUGCCCGUCAACGUCCGGUGACCGGCUUCUCGCCAUGAUUCUGAACCAUGUAUAAUCUGCAUUAAGGCUGCUUCGCUGCGAGGUUAAUUGUAACAGCGUGGUGCUCUUCUCGGGCACUGAAUAAAUGGAUAUUGAUAGGCAGUGUCAGAAUUAAGAGAUAUAUGAUGUGUUCGUGUUUAGUCUCCUUUCCUCACCUUCGGUAAGCUGUCGCUUCCAGGAUGACAAUUUGACAAUGUGGUGGUAACCAUGUAAAACCAAUAUGCUGAGAAACAAAGUAGUUGAUCAA